AUGGCACCUUGUUCAAUUACAGCAAAAGCAGAUUCUGAGUCCAGAAUGCUGCCAAAUUGGCUUGAACUUCCAAGAGACAUCACAACUAGCAUUCUACAGAGGCUUGGUACAGUGGAAAUUGUCACUAGUGCGUGCCUAGUCUGUCCUCUAUGGUGGAACAUUUGCAAGGAUCCACUCAUGUGGCACACCAUUCACAUGACUAAUUUUAUACGUUUAUUCCACAAAAAUCAUUCUGACGAUCUGAAGAUUUGUUGUUAUGCUGUUGAAAGAAGUUGUGGUCAUCUGAUAGACAUUAAUAUUAAGUUCUUUGCCAACGAUGAUCUCCUUGAAUGCAUAGCUGAAAACGCCAGUAACCUACAAAACGUCCAGCUCCUAAAUUGCCUUAGUAUUUCGGACAAAGGAUUUAUUGAAGCUGUGAGAAAAUUUUCACAGUUAGAGAAGUUGGACAUCUCACAUUGUAACCUAUCUAAUGUUUCUCUUGAAGUCCUUGGCCGAUCUUGUACUCUUUUAAAAUCUCUAAUAUUUAAGAGAUUUGGGUCUGAAUAUCAAGGUGGUGAUGAUAAUGAGGCUCUUGUUAUUUCUGAAACAAUGACUGGAUUAUGUCAUCUUGAUAUUGAAGGAAACAGGCUCACUAAUGUCGGACUUCUUUCCGUUCUUGACAAAUGUCCUCUUCUUGAGUAUCUUGACAUUCAAGAAUGUUACAAUCUCAAUUUGACUCAAGAUUUGACGAAAAGAUGCCUUGAGCAGAUUAAGGUUAUACUAUUGCCAAAUCCGAAUAACCAUGAAGACUUUGAUGAAUAUUCUGAUUAUUAUUAUGAAGAUUUUGAUAAUGGUUAUUAUGAUGAUAUAGUCGAAGGUUACUUUGACAAUGCUUGCUGGAAGUGGCAGUUGGCCAAUCUUUUCGUGGCUGGGAGUGAAGCAAGGGCGGUGGCGGUGAACGAAAAUGGUGAUUCAGGGGCUGUUGCUGGCAGUGUUGAUUCUGGGACAGUGUUGGAGAGUGAUUCGGCAGUUGAGGCUGAAGCUCUUUCCGCGGCUGUUUCUGCCUGGCGGUUAUUGAUGCCGGUUUUUCAAGAGUUGCAGGCUAUCCUCCAGCAGCAGGUUUUGAAGAGUGAUGAAGAUGACUCCUUCAAGUGGAGACUGAAUUUGGACGGUAUCUUCUCGGUGAAGUCUUGUUACGAUCACUUCAAAGUCAAGCUCUCGGGUCUGCCGUUGAAUAAUGAAAAGUGGUUCAAAGAGGUCAGAAAGUGGAACCCUAGAGAGGUUGAUAAUGAGAGAAUGGCUUGGGUGAGGGUCUUCGGAGUCCCAAGUCAAGCGUGGAACCACAUAUUCUUUGAUUUCAUCUCACUUUCAGUAGGAUCUCUUUUACGUGAGGAUGAAAGCACUGAGGGUAAGCUCAAGAUGGAAGUGGCUAGACUCUUGAUUCGUACUAAAAGCUUUACUAUGAUUAACGAAGAAAUUAAGAUAACAGUUGAUAAUGAUGUCUUCAAUAUAUUGAUGUUGGAAGAAGCCUAA